AUGUCCCAAUUCAUUACUUACUUACAAUCUUUCGGUGCCAAGACCGAACUUCUCAUUGUGGCUCACAAUGCCAAGGCAUUUGACGCCGUUUUCGUACUUCAAGAGCUCGUUGCACGGAGACUCAAGCCUGAACUUGUUCUCAAUGGGGCGAAAAUCCUAAACAUGAAACUAAACACAUGGUCAUUUAUAGACAGCCUCAUGUUUCUCCCCAUGCCCUUGAGUGCCCUGCCAAAGGCAUUUGGCCUCACUGAACUCAAAAAAGGUUACUUCCCAUUCUUGGCCAACACCCGCGAGUACUACAAUUAUGAGGGGGCCCCCUUUCCCGAGCGUGAAAUGUACUGUGUCUCAGGCAUGAAAGCUCAGUCUGCCAUUGAGUUUAACAGAUGGUAUGACGAACAAGUUAACCAGGGGGCAGUGUUUAAUUUCAAGAGGGAACUUGUGGACUACUGCAUUUCUGAUGUCACUAUCCUUCGCCAAGCCUGCCAGUCAUUCAGAAAACUGUUUGCUGAGUCAGCUGGUUUUGACCCGAUGUUUCAUUCAAUUACAUUGAGCUCUGCAGUUAUGAAUUCGUUCAGAAAGCUCUUUUUGCUACCAAACUCCAUUGGCAUUGUCCCUCCUGGGGGUUACCACGGCAGGGGAAAACAAUCCCACGCAGCUCUCCAGUGGCUUGACUGGGAGCAACACAAAUUGGGUCAAAGUAUCAAGACCAUUUACACAGAUAGGGAGGUUAGGAUUCUUGGAAAGGCUGUGGAUGGUUAUGUUGAGGUCAGCCUCCCCACAGGCGGUGUAGAGCGCCGCGUUUAUCAGUUUCACGGGGAUUAUUGGCAUUCCUGCCCCCGCCAUUAUCCUGCUCAGCCAGAGGGUGGUGAAAACCGCUAUGAGCGCACACAACGUAUCACUGCUCUCUUCAGAAAUGCAGGUUAUGUUGUCAUAGAAAAAUGGGAAUGUGACUGGAACGAGGACCUCAAAACACCCGAGGUCAAAGUAUAUUUUGAGGCCCACCCCACUUCACGAUCACCUCCCCUUGAUUUGCGCAAAGCGCUCUGUGGCGGCAGGACCAGUGCCCUCCGCUGCUAUCACAAAGUUGAUCUCACUAAGGGUGAGAAAAUCAAGAUGGCGGACGUGGUGUCCGAGUAUCCAAAUGCAAAUUUGAGGGGGUGUUACCCCCUUGAUCAUCCAUCUAUCUAUCUAGAAGGUGACCCCCAAAUGCCCCCUGUUGAUACUUGGAAUGGUAUCGUGAAAUGUACCGUGCUUCCUCCCCGGGAUCUGUACCUUCCUGUGCUUCCCUAUAAGUGCAAUGGGAAGUUAAUGUUCCCUCUCUGUCGCACUUGUGUUGAAACAGAGAGCUCUGACCUUUGUCUACACUCAAAUCCCCUGGACAGACAACUCACUGGUGAAUGGUGUGCUCCAGAAUUACACUUGGCACUCCAGAAGGGGUACACACUGAUGGCCAUUCAUGAGGUCUACCAGUACCCUCGUACUAUGCAGUAUGAGCCGGAAACGGGAAAAGAUGGUCUCCUCUCUGCCUAUGUCAGGCGCUUCAUGGCUCUGAAAAUUCAGGCCAGUGGGUGGCCGGCUGAGUGCGAUACUCAGGAGAAAAAAGAAAUAUUCAUGGACGAUGUUAGAAAACAUGAUGGCAUUACCAUUGAUUCUGAAAAAAUGGCUAAAAACCCCGCCCUUCGUACACUCUCUAAACUGAUCCUCAACAGUUUCUGGGGGAAGUUUGGGGAAAAGACACUUCGCUCAAAGACAGAGUUUGUCUAUGACUAUGGAGAACUGAUUAAAUUAGUCACUGAUCCGACCAAAGUAGUUAAUGGUCUGAUCGUGUUGUCAGAACAAUGUUUCCAAGUGUCUUACAAACCCGUAGAAGACUCUGAGGAAAGCCUCCCCACCUCCUCACUCCUCCAUGCGGCAUGGACCACAUGUCUAGGGCGCCUCCAGCUGUACAAAUACUUGGACAUAGUUGGACAGCGCGCCUACUACCAUGACACAGAUUCUGUAGCUUACCUCAGUCGACCAGGCGAGCCUGACUUGCCAUUGGGCACACAUCUUGGUGAUCUCACUGACCAAAUAGAGGAGGAUUACGGACCCGGCUCAUUUAUCACUGAGUUUGUAGCGGGAGGCCCCAAAAACUAUGGGUACCGAGUUGCAGUUGGAGGUGACGUGCAGAACACCAAAGUCUGCAUCAAGGUCAGAGGUAUUAGCAUCAAUGCCUCUUGUGAUGCACUAGUGACCUUCGAAAACCUCAAGGCCAUGGUCAUGGGUGACAUUGGGAAAAUGACCAUUCCCAUCCCUAGAAAGAUUGCUCGCACGCCAACUUGGCAAAUUAUUACAAUGCCAACCAGCAAACAAUGGCAAGCCAAAAACACCAAGCGGCGGCGUGUCGAUCAGACACACACAGUCCCGCAUGGCUAUAAUGCCUGGGGAGAUGAGGACGAGGAGGACCAGGAAGUCCUCGAGGCUCUAGACAUACUAGGUGAUUCAUAA